AAUCCAUCCAACGGCUCAGAAAAUAUGAAAACAAAGUCAUUGAGAGUAGUGCGCACAUAAACUCUCGUUGUCCGAAGUCUGAAUCCCUGGUAUUUUGUUUAUAGUUGCGGUCUUUGUAGGAACGUUCAGAUCCAGACCAACAGAAAGAAAAAAGAAAAAGCCAUAUCCACGGAAUACGAACAAAGAGACAGAGGGAUGGCUGAGAGGAGAGUUGGGGUGGCGGUGGAUUUCUCAGCAUGCGGCAAGAAAGCUCUGCAGUGGGCCGUGGAUAACGUUGUCCGGAACGGGGAUCAUCUUAUCCUGGUUACUGUAAGCCCUGAGGGGAACUACGAGGAGGGCGAGAAGCAGCUCUGGGAAGCCACCGGUUCCCCUUUGAUCCCUCUAAGUGAGUGCUCUGAUGGUGGUCACACUUUAAAGAGGUAUGGUGUGAAGGCUGAUCCUGAAACUCUGGACAUUGUUAACACUGCUGCUAAACAGAAAGAGAUUGUGGUGGUCUUUAAGAUAUACUGGGGAGACCCUCGUGAGAAGAUAUGUGAAGCAAUCGAUAAGAUCCCUCUUGACUGCAUUAUUAUGGGCAGCAGAGGGCUUGGCAAACUUAAGAGGGUUAUUAUGGGAAGUGUAAGCAAUUUUGUGGUGAAUAAUGCUUCCUGCCCUGUAACUGUGGUGAAGGACCAUGAAACCUAAAUCCUUUUUAUCUCUAAAAUAUGCUUCACAGGAAGAAUAAGUGCAAUGUUCACCAUUUGAAGGACGUGUUUUUCUCUUCAGGCUCGUAAUUUAUUAGGACUUUCGAAUGGAGUUAAGAUGCUGGUUAUUGUAACUAUGUUAAACAGGAGAUAAAAUUUCAAAUUUAUGUUUAUAUUGGAGUUUGUGUAUGCUCAAUUAUAUUUCUGUGAGCCCAUAAAUGCUGUUAAAGAAUAAUAAUAUUGUUAAUAACAUUUUGGCUUGCCCUCCUCUGUUUUCAUACA